CGACAGAGCGGUCGCAAACUUUUUCAGCUGAAUUUGUACUCCGCGAGUUAGAGACCUACUCUAGGGCCGGGAUGGCGCUCCCUUUCUUACCUGGAAACUCUUUCAACCCUAACGUGGGAAAGACGAAGUUUCAUAAGUCGCACACGUUCGAUUUCAGAGGACCAGUUCCUACCCUGGACGACUCCAAACCCGGCAUUGGUGGUAAGCUGCUACCAGGUCAGUCUCCAAAGAAGAACUGCAGCGUGUAUCCGACUGGAGUUGGAGGAGGCCAGCCUGCCUGGGUUGCCUUUGACAGAAAGGUGUUGCGGUUCUAUGGCUAUUUCCAGGAGGCGGUCCACGAGCGAGCCGAGGAGCAGUUUCGAGUGCGACGCUGCACCAUCUACUUCUACCUGGAGGAUGACACCAUACAGGUCAACGAACCUCAGCAGGUCAACUCUGGCAUUCCCCAAGGGACGCUCAUCCGGAGACACAGGAUCUCCCUCCCUGCUCCAGAUGACGAUCUGUUCUACACUGUAAAAGACUUUAACAUCGGACAGAAGUUGACUCUCUACGGCCGAGUGUUCAGUAUCGUGGAUUGUGAUGAGUUUACGAGGAACUUUCUGCGAAAGUUGGGAGUGAGAGUACCAGCUCCUCUCGACUGUCCUUCUGAUCCAUACACCACACUCAGGGACCAGAAACUGGAGUCGAUGCAGCCUCUGAGACCGUACGAGAAGCUAGACACCCUCCAGCAGUUCCUGGACUACGACAGACACGUCCUCAGGUUCUUCUGCCGUUGGGACGACUCUCCAAGCAUGUUUGGUGAUGUCCGCUGGCUCGUGCUCCACUACUUCCUCGCCGACGACACGGUCGAGGUGUUGGAGAAAAUCCCGGCCAAUUCUGGUCGCGACGCUGUCCCCGUGUUCCUCCGCAGAGCAAGGCUUCAUAAGGAGGCAGUUCCUGUGGAUCAGCCAGGAGUGGCCACCAAGAGAACAGUCCUCAAUGUGUUUGGGAGCGGAGGUCACGGUGGACGCUACAUUCUAGACUCUCUCAAGACUGGGGCAGUGGCAACGGACUAUUUCCGAGACAGUGACCUUACGGUAGGGGGCGUGGUCAACCUCUGGGGGCGUCGGCUCCUCCUCUGCGACUGUGACGAGUUCACCAAAGAGUACUACCGCUCCAAAUAUGGUGUCAAAAUGUUUGAGGCGGUGGACGUAUCGGAGCCUCCUCUUCCCCCACAGCUGAGACAAGUUCCUCCCUACAAUGGGUUUGGUAGUCAGGAGGACUCCCUGGCCUCUCACCUCAACCUCAUCCCCAAACCACCACGAAGGGACUUCAAGAAGUUCAUGGAGAAGGAUCGACACGGCCUGGACAGCAACGUGCUGAGGUUUGUGGCGAGAAUGGACACCUCUAGACCCAUCGACGUUGACCGGAGAUUUACCGUCUUCUUCCACCUCUCCGACGACACCAUCACCAUCUUUGAGCCUCCCCAGAGGAACUCUGGUAUCAUUGGCGGGAAGUUCAUGGAGAGAGGUCGCAUCGCGAAGCCACGGGAGAGUGGCGGAGGUGACGAAGGGAGCCCCUCGCAGUAUUACCUAUCAGGAGACCUGUGGGUUGGAGCUCAGGUGGACUUCAACUCCCACCGCUUUGUUCUCAUUGACUGUGACGAGUAUGCCCUUCGCUACAUGGAGGCCCACCCUGCACAGUUUCCACACGCGGACAAAGAUGCAGUUCUGAAGAAAGUGUCGGGCCAGGCCAAGGAGCACGUCCCUUCGCUGCAGGCAGCAUUCAGGGAACAAGACCCCAGCAACUCUGGCAGCAUCAGUGUUCAGCAGUUCACUAUGCUGGUGAAAGGGUUGUCACAAGGUCUACUCAGUGACCACGAGUGUCUGACUCUGGGAAGAGCAUUCGGCCAGAGAGCCUACCCCAUCCUGCCCACCCUGGUCCGUCUGGUCCAAGACGAUCUCCACAAACACAACUUCACCCAGUUUGCCGCCCUGGAGACUGCUCUCGCCCAAUGCUGUCAGGAUGAGACGGCCUUCGUAGACCCCGCCCACCUGAGACGAGUGUGUGAGGCUGCGGAGCUACCCCUCAGCCACCAGCUGGUGGAUGCCACACUCAUGAAUUGUCAGACCAGUUCCAGUGGAGCUGUGGACUACCAACAGUUUCUCCAGCUCAUCAAUUGGAGGGACCACCCCCUCCCUACCCCUCGAAACACCGUUUCAGCUGGUCAGUCAGGCUCCUGGACGUCAGGACAAUCUCAGACCAUAUCUGCUGUGGACUACACCGCUUUCCUGUCAGCACUACAGCAGACUCAAAACUAGCCCCUAUUGCACACCUUCUGACACUUUUGUUCAUGCAUACGUCAGGCUAAAGUCUUACUGUAUGUAUGUGUAGUGCAAACACCUCCGGAAAAAUCUUGCUUAAAAAAUCUUGUAAUUUGGGUGGAAAAUAAUAACUUACAACAAAAUAUCCUACUGUGAUGAUCAAAUUUGGGGAUUGAGGGCAUAGGAAAUAAUAUAGGAAAUAAUAGCACAGAGAACGGGAAAAUAGAAUGAAAAUAGAGAUCUGAGCUAGAGUGGUAGUUCAUGAGGGAGAACUGAGGUUGUUCUAUAAAACAGAGUGAUGGUUUGGCCAAGUUAACUGCAGAGAGGAGCUAAAAAUCCUUGAAAGGUAAGACGUCUCUGUCUUUGAGUGGCGGUACGUUGAACCAUCCGUCCUCGGGAUAAUGCUCAAAGUUCCUAGUGUCCCCUGAGUGGGUCGCCUUUGGAAUUAUACCAGGCUGGAGGAGAGAGAGAGUGUGUUGCGUGUGUGUGAGCCCCUGAGCAAUUGGGUGCUGAUUAGUUCGAGGCAUAUAGACAAUGGUAAAGGUAUUAUCAAGAGUUGACUUCCGUGUGCAAUAUUUUGAGUGUGAGAUAUGACUCACCACUAGCUUUCUCUGCAGUACAGCAUCCCAGUCGACUCCUCUAAACCAUCUGUGUUGCUUCACGUCCGCAACCCCUUGCUUGAGGCUUCCUAGUCGACUCGUCACAUCUCUGGAAAGUAGUUUCUUGAUUAGGUCUUUGGCAUUGGCAUCCAGGACACCCGAUUUAGGCCACUCUAUCUUCCCUUCUAGAAUCUUCUCGUAGAUACGGAAAGGGUGCUCGUCAAAGAAUGGAGGAUAGCCGACUAGCAUCUCGUAGAUGAGAAUUCCGAGAGCCCACCAGUCGACUUCCUUCCCGUGACCUCGGCCCUGGAUUAUCUCCGGAGCCAGAUACUCUGGCGUUCCACAGAGUGUAUAGGUCCUCCUGCCUAUCAAUCUCUUGGCAAAGCCAAAAUCUGUGAUCUUGAUAUGUCCCGUGAUGUCCACAAGAAUGUUCUCCGGCUUCAAAUCUCUGUAGACAAUGUCUUGACUGUGUAGGUAGUCAAGUACCAUGACUAUCUCGCAGGCAAAGAACACGGCAAUGGGGUUGUCGAAUCGAUGUGCCGUUCUGAGGUAGGUGAAUAGCUCUCCACCAAUGACGUAUUCUUGUAGCAUGUACAAGAAUCUGUUGUCGUGAUGGGUCCACACCCUAGAUCAGGCAGAUUGUUAACCCCCGUUGAGAUUUCAUUUUUAACCCCUUACAAACACAUCAUGUUCAACCCUUAGCUCUGGAGCUGAUUAGUUUCUGAUAUUAACCCCUCAGAGGCUAGUUGAGAUAUUUUUAACCCUCAGUAUUUCAAUUAAUUCUAUCCCGGCUCUUUCAUUUGCGUUGAAGUUGUUCUAACUUUAACCCCACUCACACACUGACGAUGAAGGGGUGAGAUAUCGACAUGAGGAUCUCCUUCUCGUUGUUCACGUGCUCGACUUGUUUCAGUUUUAUGACUUCGCUUAUCGUCAUGAUCUUCAGGGCAAAGAAAUUACCAGUCGGAAGAUGUUUCGUUAGCACCACUCUCCCAAAUGUUCCCGUGCCUAUCGUCUGCUGUAUCUCCAGGUCCCUCAGUUCGUACUUGAUUGCCGGGCCGUCUCUCCCUUUCCCCGCGGGCCCAACUGCGCCGCCUAAAGACACCUUUCCCAAGUUGUAGGCCAGCGCCGAAGCCUGCAUAUCGUCCCUGAAGUCAUCCGAGCCCCCGAACGCCAUUCUCUGGUGACUCUGCUACGCCCACGCACCGGUUUCUCGCUCGAUCUGCUCUAAACUGAGAGCUGGACCCCAAGCCCGUCGGCUUUUCAAAAUGCCGUCCGAAAAAGAGCGCGCCCAUGCCGCGCCCACACUCGGAUAAUUAGAAAAAAAAAAUAA